UAUCUCUGGCUUUCCGUCGUUGUCUUUAGAGCAGAACACCGAAUCAGGUGGAUCUUCUCCAUUUCCUCCUGUAGGUUACAUGGGGGCAUGUGGGUUGAGCGUAUACUUCCAAUCGUGCCAAGCAAUCGUGUCCGGCAUAAGACUUUCUCCGUUCUCAUCUUCACAGCCAUUAUUUUGUGCUUCUUUGUUGGUGCUCUCACAGACCUCCAAAAGAAUGUUAAAAUGUAUAUGAACUGUGACAAACGUGACUCCGUGAAGCAAACCAAGCCUAAAUAUAAUUAUAACAAUAGAGCCAACAAUUUUGCAAGAUGGGAAAAUGCGGAGGAUGCUGCGGUGGAUGUUGCGGUGGAUGUUGUGAUGACUGCUGUUCGCCGUGCUGUGAUGACUGCUGUUUCGAUUGUGGGGACUACUGUUGCAUCUGCGCUCCAUGCUGUAAGAUUUCCCUAA